UGUAUACACAUGUAGGUCAGAGGAAAAAUGGCUUAGUUCUCGUAGCUCCUAUGUUCCGUGGCAAGAAAAUAUAAGUUUUAAUUUUAAAUGGCAUUCAGUGAUUUAUGUCAUAUAAGUAACGCGUUCAAGCCAGUCGAAAAUGAAGCAGAUCAGUCGGAGCGCAUCAUGGAAGAGAAUUCCAUGGUCCGUGAUCUCAUCACGAAGAUUCUGGACGAGCCGGGUCCUACAGAUACGAACGGCUCCAUUCCACCACCGGAAAAAACAGUAAAUUGUCUGCCGACAAAUAUCAGCAACUACCCGAAACUGGAUACCCAUAAUACAUUUAUGUACAACUACUCCAAUACUCCGUACAACUUCAACCAGAAUGACACAUUUAACUACAACAUGCAGAACGGAUUCAACACGAACGGGUUCGUCAAUUAUCCAGACAAUGACGUCAACAUACUCGGGGUGGACCCCGUGCCCGACACGGAGACGGUUACUCCGGAACAACUGAACUUGCUCAGAUUGGCCGCUCAAGAAAUCGGGGGCGCCCAGUUCACUACCAGCCCCAACGACAAAAUGUACAAUUUCUUCGAACCCAACCAAAGAAGCUCUCUUCCAGAAACGAACAUGUUUUCCAAUAAUUUCAAUCGUCCGAACAGCCUCAAUUUGGACUUGAAUUAUAACUCCUUCGAGGCGCCCUUCCCUCAGAGAUACCCGAAUAAGUUUGACAACGGUUUCGUGAAGGAGCAGUCGGAGCCGGCGGAUAUACUGACUUAUUUGGCCCAACUGAACCUCCAGGAUAGAGCGCGAGACGAGCCACUGCAGGACUACAAAAUGUCCAUGGACAUGAACGGACACUAUCCGGACGAGUACAAAAUGCAGGAGGAACGAAACAAGAUGUUCUUCAACAGAAACUUUCAGAACAGAAGCGAAAAUAACUUCUACCUAAACGACAUGAUGCCCAUGUCUGAGAGAAUGGGGCAGUACGACUUUUCGAAUCAGAACUCGAAUAUGAAUUUCAAACCGAACGGCUUCAAUCAACAGAACGAAUUUCAGAGGCGCGACAUGAAUAUGUUUCCGCGGGAGAAUUAUCAGGGUAACGGGAACGAUAGGCCCAAUUUUGAUAAUAAUUUGGGUCGGGAUAACGCGCAGCAGGCGCUACUGAGGCAGCAGGAGAUAGCGAGGCAAAUGAACAUGAUUAUGAGGAACCGACCACCGCCUAAUCAACUGAAUGUCGAUGUUUCCUUCAUACAUGAGAAUACUCCUUUUAACCUCGGUCUCGGUGCUCUUCUAGGUCCCAGUCCGCCAGUCCCGCCGCCCGUUCUGCCUUCCCCGAUGAUGGAUUUGCCGCUACUAGCGCCGUUCUACGCUAUGAGGAACAUGAGGGGUGCGGCAACAUCGUCAGCGAUCCUUCACGCGCGGCUCGACGCGUGCUACGAGCAAUGGCGGCAGUUGGAGCGCGAGCGUAAGCGCACCGAAGCGCGCCUGGCGCUAGCGUACCCCGGGCGCGCGGUGUCGUCGUCCAACUCCAUACCCGUGCCGCGCCUGCCGCCGUGCCCGACGCGCGUCGACCGACUGACCGUCGACAUGCUGAGGGAACAUACUAAGGUGCUGACAUUGAUGGGUAAAAUGGAAACACUCCGAGCGAGCGUCUGCGUCGCGCAAAAUAAGAAGCCGAACAAACAGGAGGACUGUAAGAUUACGGUACUGAAGCGAGGCCAGGAGAAUGUUUCGUCGCAGAAGGAUGACGCUGGCGUGGAUCCGGCUACUUAUGACCCUACGACUUGGAGGGACGAUGUUAAGAAUCUGUCGGAGAUCGCGCCGCACAGCGAGGUUGAGAGCGCGAUGCUGGCGUGGCGGAACGCCGUGGCGGGCGUGCAGGCGGCGCGCCGCAGGGAGCUCACGCCGCACCCCUCGCACGCGCGGUACAUGCGCGCCGACCCGAUCCUAGGCUUGGCGGAGGCGGUGAAGCAGCUUUGCGUCUGCGCACGACGCGCCCGCUGCGCCAUGUGGUGCGACCUCACGCUGACUGUCGCACUCGCGCCCGCGCCGCAGCCGCACCCGCCCCCACCGCACCACUCCCACCAGAAUGAGCAGCCUACUCAAGUGCCCUCACAAAAGUCACCGAAGCAGACGGCCCAAGAUAACGCUGCGAACGCGAGCUCAACUAACAAUAAAAGUUCUACCACAGACCAAAAAGAUGAGAAACCGUCUAACACCCCAUCAAAGUCUGAAACGAAACAAGAGAGCAACGAAAAGAAGCCCAGUCAGAACGAAAAGCAGGAUAAAUCGAACCAGCGUCGCUCGCAGAACUACAGGAACAAAAUGAACCAAGGUAGAAACGAUUUCUAUCAGAAAAACCAAAGGUACGAGAACAGAUUUGUACACAACAGGCACCCAUAUCAUUACCUAGCUACAGGUCCUAUUAAUUAAGUAUUUAACGUUUUUGAGCCCUAAACACUAGGCUAUGUUGCGAUUUGAUAAAGAUUUUCACUCCGAAAUAAACUUUAUUUUGUAUAAUACAAGGUUGGAAAUUGGCAGCACCGCACCAAAUCCAAGACUAAAACACUGUGAUGUUAAUUCUAUUUCACUGCUCAGCUAAAUUUUAUAGAGGUUACUUUGUAGGGUUUUGUAACGUAUGCAUGGACUUUUUGAAUCGAUACCAGUUUUAUAUGCUGCCAAUUGCUAACCUACGCUUUACAAUAUUGAAUGUUGCAGCGUCGAUAGCACUCAAUUUACAUCAAAAUCGCUACAGCAUUCGAUAGCGCCUGUGUCGUGAGUCGUGACGAUUUUGUUAUAGAGUUUUAUCCGGCCUGCCUAUAUGACAACUGAGCUUUAAUAAAUAUUUUAAGGAAUUGUCUGUAAUAGAUGCGAUGAGAUUUUGUGAGUUUCUCGAUUGGAUCUGAGGGAGUGACUUUAUGAAAUCAGUGUGAUAUAAUGGGAAUAAAGUAUGCCUAAACAUUUCUAAAUAAAUUAGAAUCUGUGUCUUAUCGUAUGUAUUACAUUUAGUGGUAUUAAUUUGUGUUGUCAGCGGGCCCGGAGAUUUCUAUGGGAAUGUUGCAAUCCUAAAUCAUAUCAACAAUAAAUUAUUAUUUAAGCGUUACACUUUUCAAAAUUAGUGAAAAUUUAUAUUAAAAAUGCAUUUAAAAACUCGAAUAUUCGCGUUGUAAUUAUAAAAGUGUAUCUAUAUUUUUGAACAGGUGAAAAUGAGACCACGUAAACAUAAAUUUCAAAUAGUAAGUGUGUAGAUUAUUUUUAUGCCAGUAUCAAAUGAAUUGCAUAAUCUAUUAAUCGUGCUUUGCUGGUAUUAUAACUCAAAUGUUCUAUACGUCUCUACGAUGUACUGGCUAGUUGUAAUUUUACUUGCCAAAUUAUUUGGUGUGAGCGAAACCCAAAGUGAAUGAAUGUACGGCAACUCAAAAAAGAGUGAUGAAAAAUUUGUGCUUUUUGUCUCGUUCUCGCACACAAAUCUGUAGGACAGAGACAGACCAUUUAUUGAGAGAAAACAGUUCACACUUAUAAAGUAAUUUUAUUUAUUAAGUGGUUUGAUGAAAUUGCUUAAUUAAUAUUAUUAUAAAGAAUAUCAAAUUAUUGGCAGAACUCUAGUCACUCUAAACAACUUUUGAAUGAAUUUAUAUUAUAAAUGAAAUUAGGAUUUUUUAAGAGCAAAUUUACGACGGGGCUUUUUAAGAGUUGUUCGUAUUGUGACAGGCAUCUAUUGAAUUUUAAUAAUAUUUCGCUCACACCAACAUUAAGUGAAACCUUUACUAAAAUGUGAUGUUUCUAUGUUAAAACUAGUUGACUCUAUUUUAGUAUAUCAUACUACGUGCAAAUGAAAUAUAUAAAAUGAAAUUAUAAUGUAGGUUUAAGCGUACCAUUUAUUUAUUUAUGUGGAUAUCUAUGCGGUAGACGUGUAGCAUAAGUGUUUUUAGGGCGAUACUCUUACGGAAUUGAUGUUGAUGUUUAUUUAAUUGGGAGUCAAUUUGAGGAUGCCAUCAAAGAGUGUUUAAAUCACUGAAUUAUAUAGACCAUAGAGAAAAUUUCACCAUAGAGGUUUUAGAUUGCGUCUUCUCUAUAUAUUUCAUUGUUCUAAAUGCAAUACUUCCAAAUAACAAUGUUCCUUUCCUCGAUUGUGAUUCCGUAAAUUUGUGGCACAAUUUUGCUUAAAUUGUAGAAUUUGGAUGCUACUGUGCAAUUUACAUCGCCUAUUUUAUUAUGUCUACCCUCACUUUUUGCAGCUUUAUAGUUCUAUGUGAUAUCACAUUAUAUAGACUUAUUUAAAUACAAUUAUG